CUGAGAUGGGAUCUAUACACAACUGAUUUAGGUAUCGAGGUGAAGCAUUUGGGCUGCGACUUGGUGACAACUAUCCGAGACAUGUUGACGAUCCCUGGCUCGUCAGCACUCACGCCCUCGAGGCGGAGCACCGUCCUCAGAGCCUUUCAAUCCGUGCUCCCAGGUAUAACCGCCGUCGAUGCCGUCCACCUUCACCUGGUCAACCCUACGUCGUCAGAAUCAUCAGAGCUGCUCAAUGGGUCUACUUCAGAACGCAAGGUACUCGAUGCUCUGCUGGCUUACGGAGACAACGACCAAUCUGAAGCGAUGAAAGCGUUCGUCGCUUCUGGACUAAAGACACCACCUGAUGCUGGUCUAACGGCACUUUUUAUCCUUCCUCGACCCGGGACGAUUUCACCAUGGUCCUCGAAAGCUACAGAAAUUGCCAAGAUCUGUCGACUUGGUGCACACGUCUCAAGGGUAGAACGUGGAAGUCUAUACCUCAUCUCCUCGUCCUCUCCUCUGAGUCUUCCGGGACUCUUGCCUCUCCUGCAUCUCAUUCACGACCGCAUGACUCAACUUGUGCACACUUCUAUACCUGAAGCAUCUACAAUCUUCCCUCCUUCACCUCCUCGGCCAUCGCCUCUCGUUUCGUACCCCAUCCUCGACGCGAAGGAUCCACUAGCCGUUCUUGGCGAAGCCAAUGCUGGAAUGGGUCUAGCCUUGUCAGACGAGGAGAUUUCGUACCUUGUCGAGUCUUUCACCGCGGCCGGCCGUAAUCCCACUGAUGCCGAAUUGUUCAUGUUUGCUCAAGUCAACAGCGAGCAUUGUCGGCACAAGAUCUUCAAUGCCAAGUGGACUAUUGAUGGCCAGGACAAGGAAAACAGUCUCUUCGGUAUGAUCCGGAAUACCGAGAAGGCCUGCUCCUCCGCCGGCACGCUCUCUGCAUAUGAGGACAAUGCGGCCGUCAUGGACGGGUACGAAGCCCCACGCUUCGCAGUCCAGGGAGCACAUGGAAACGGAGCUUACGGGUCGACAUCGGAGAAGAUGCCAAUACUGAUCAAGGUGGAGACACACAACCAUCCUACGGCCGUAUCACCUUACCCGGGUGCUGCCACUGGAUCUGGGGGAGAGAUCAGAGAUGAGGGAGCUACAGGUCGUGGCUCUCGUCCAAAAGCUGGUCUGGCAGGAUUCACCACCUCUGAUCUUCUGAUCCCUGAUUUCUUGCAACCCUGGGAAUCUGACAUUGGGAAACCAGCACACAUUGCUUCAGCAAUCGAUAUCAUGCUAGAAGCUCCGUUGGGAGGUGCCGCUUUCAACAAUGAGUUUGGACGACCAGCUCUUGGAGGAUAUUUCCGGACGUUCUUGAUGCCAGAGUCGGUCACAAACGAAGGGGACUCAAAAUGGAGAGGAUACCACAAACCAAUCAUGAUCGCCGGAGGUUUGGGUAAUGUCCGACCACAAUUCGCUCGAAAGGACAAGAUCAACGCUGGAGCCAAGAUCAUUGUCUUAGGUGGUCCCGGUAUGUUGAUCGGUCUCGGAGGUGGAGCAGCUUCGUCCAUGGCCAGUGGAGCAUCUUCUGCCGAUCUCGACUUUGCCUCAGUCCAACGGGAGAACCCAGAGAUGCAGAGGCGUUGUCAGCAAGUUAUUGACAGCUGUAUCAACAGUUCGGAAGGCAAGAACCCAAUUCAAUCGAUUCACGAUGUCGGAGCUGGUGGUCUGUCGAACGCUUUACCGGAGUUGGUCCAUGAUGCCGGGCUGGGUGCUCAAUUCGACAUACGUUCGGUGCUGGUUGACGACCCUGGAAUGUCUCCCAUGGAGAUAUGGUGCAACGAAAGUCAGGAGAGGUACGUUCUGGCCGUCGGCCCAGAGGAUCUAGAGAGAUUUGAAGAUAUCGCAAAACGAGAAAGAUGCCCCUUCUCCGUUGUCGGUACAGCUACCGAGGAGGAGAGACUGGUCGUCCGCGACAGUAUUCUUGGUGACAAUGUCAUCGAUGUCGCCAUGUCGGUCCUCUUUGGGAAGCCACCAAGGAUGCACCGCAAAGCCGAGACUGUCAACCCAGCUACUGAAUCCUUCGAUUCCUCCCUUUAUACCUACUUGCCUGUUUACCGAGGCGCCCCCACGACAUCCCUCGUCGCGGAGACUGUAAACAGGGUCUUGCGACUUCCGAGUGUUGGCUCCAAGUCUUUCCUCAUCACCAUUGGUGAUCGAACAAUCUCUGGACUGGUUACCCGGGAUCAAAUGGUGGGGCCUUGGCAAGUGCCUGUAGCCGACGUGGCUGUCACUAGAUCAUCGUACGGUUUUGAUGUGCUGGUCGGAGAAGCUAUGGCAAUGGGCGAGAGAACGCCUCUGGCGCUUCUGGACGCUGCUGCAUCUGCUAAGAUGGCCGUUGCCGAAGCCCUGACGAAUCUCGCAGCGGCGUCAAUUGACGAUCUCAAAAAGGUCAAACUCAGCGCCAAUUGGAUGUCUGCUGCUUCCUACGAGGGCGAAGGGUCGAAGUUGUACGAAGCCGUCCAGGCUGUCGGAAUGGAGUUGUGUCCUGCUCUGGGCAUCGGCAUUCCCGUUGGCAAGGACUCAAUGUCCAUGUCGAUGCGAUGGUCAGGUAGCAAGACCGGCAACAAGAUGGAAGUCACUGCGCCACUAUCUCUCAUCGUUACUGCAUUUGCGCCUGUCAACGAUGUCUCGAGGACAUGGACACCACAAUUGCGGACCGAUGUGGAAAGCACGAUUCUGGUCUUUGUCGACUUGGCUCGUGGCAAGCGACGACUGGGAGGAUCAGCCGUGGCGCAGGUCUACAAGCAGCUCGGAUCUGAAUCGCCAAAUGUUGAAGAUCCGACCGAUCUUAAAUCAUUCUUCACCGCUGUGCAGGCCUUGAAAUCCAACUCUGUUGUCCUUGCUUAUCACGACAGAUCGGAUGGUGGUCUCUUUACAAGCAUCGCCGAAAUGGCCUUUGCCGGACGUAGCGGUGUUCAAAUUUCUCUCAACUCGAUCACCUCUGAGCCUGACUUUAUCGCCACCAUGUUCAAUGAGGAGCUCGGUGCUGUGAUGCAGAUCAGAGAAUCUGAUCUUGCGGCUUUCACCGAUGCUUUCAUCCAGGCCGGGUUCCCCACGCGUUAUAUCCACUCGAUUGGAAGAGUGCUCGGUCGAGAGGAUCAGACUGUCAAUUUCAUUUCUAACGGCGAGUCAGUCUACACUUCCACUCGAGGAGCUUUGCAACAACUCUGGGCGGAAACAUCGUACAGGAUGCAAUCGAUGCGUGAUCAACCUCAGGCUGCCAAAGAGGAAUUCGAGUCGAUUGUGGACGACGAACAGGACGGAAUCAUUUACGACAUCCCAUUUUCGACUCUACCUUCACCCUCCGCAUCAGUGUCUGCCAGACCACGCGUCUGUAUCCUUCGAGAACAAGGUGUCAACGGUCAUAUUGAGAUGGCUUGGGCUUUCCACGCUGCUGGCUUUGAAGCUAUAGACGUUCACAUGAGCGACAUCAUCUCUGGGAGAGUGUCGCUGUCCACCUUUGCAGGUCUCGCGGCAUGUGGUGGGUUUUCCUAUGGUGACGUACUUGGCGCAGGUAGCGGUUGGGCCAAAUCUGUUCUACUCAACGACACUGCUCGGAAAGACUUUGAAGCAUUCUUCCAGCGUAAGGAUUCGUUCGCCCUUGGAGUCUGCAAUGGCUGUCAGUUCUUUUCCGGUCUGAAGGAGAUGAUUUCCGGCGCAGAAACAUGGCCCGCAUUCAAAUCCAACCAAAGCGAGCGAUUCGAAGGACGAGUAUGUACUGUCAAAGUGGAUGCGAAGACGACUUCCAUCUUCCUCAAAGACAUGGGAUCGGCGAGGAUGCCCGUCGCCGUCGCUCACGGCGAAGGACGCGCUUCCUUCGCUACGACUGGCAGCCUUGAAAAGCUCAACGAGGGCGGUCUCAUCCCCAUACGAUACGUCAAUUCGCAAGGCGGCAUUGCCAGCAAAUACCCUUACAAUCCCAAUGGCAGUCCGGAGGGCAUUGCAGCGGUCCAGACUGUCGAUGGGAGAGUUUUGGCUAUGAUGCCUCAUCCGGAGCGAGUGAUAGCGUUGGAGAGCAACAGUUGGUUCCCACCAGCUCUUGCUGAAGCUGCUCAAGGCAAGGGACCAUGGUUCAGGUUAUUCCAGAAUGCCUACGAGUUUGCAAUCAGUCAGAAGAAUUAGAGCUUGUAAAGGAAAUCUGUGAAGAGGGGGUU